GGAAACUGCCGCCUUGCUCAGUGUAAGCUCUCAUUUACAUUUUUAUUAACAGCAUCAUGCUAGUUGCUGGAGAAACAAUUUACAAGAUGCUUUGAUUAGUAAGCCAGGUUUCCAGUCUCACAUCUCUUCAUUCCAUGAUUUUUAGUUUUUGAUGGACUUGUGAUGGAUAUACUUUUCCUUACAUCAGACCAUCUCCACUUAAUGGAUUAUAGUACUUAAUAGUACUUUCUGCUUUGAUAAGCUAAAAAUGGCUUGGAUGAUUCUGUAGCUUUAAAUCACUCGUGAUUAUUUAAGUUGCUAUUGAUUCAUUUGUGACAACAAGAAUAAUAUUCAAUUUCAAUUAUGUCAGUUGUUUCAUUAAGAAUAAGUUGGAUAUGUUUUGAAUAACUUCAGGGACUUUGGGUUACUACUAGAAUAAUACUAAACUUGUUUUAUCUUAUGAGAAAGUGAAAUUGUCAUCGAAUGUUUCGGCAGUCAUAUUCUUUCUUAACCUAAAAAAAAUGGGUCUUUUUGACUUCUCUGUAGAAGUAGGUAACUGUAUUGUUUUAAGUAGUAAGUGCCCAAGUGGCCAGUUUGGUUGGCUGAAUUGUAUUGUCAAUUAUUUACAAUCCUGAAGCAAAUAUGAUGAAAUUAAUUACAAGUCACUCUUCCCAGGCAUUAAAGUAAGAGCCAAUAACUAGAUUUUCUUUGUUAUUAUCAUAAAAGAUUUUCUCACUUUUAGUAGUUUCAGGUAAAACAUACAUCUUUGCUGUCAUAAUCGAAGUCGAAUUGUCCUCUAAUUUCCCAUGAAAUUACCUCUCAGAAUUCAUUACAUAUACACUUCUUUCAGAGACCACAUAGUGGCUUAACCCCUUGGUUGGGAAUGGAAAGUCCCACUGGGUACCAUGUGAGCUACUAAGCCUGUGGUGCUCUCAAGUUGCUAAGAUGCCCAUCGGAAUGGUUAUAUAAUUAUAAUUUGUAUCUGGUCAUUUCUACUACGGUAAUGGACUCAACAUGAAAUUAAAGUGAUCCAUUUGUGAAAUGACAUUUUGUUUAGAGUUUGAAAUCAGUCAAUUUGCUUUAACUGCAUAUGAAGUGAUUUUUCCUUUUAUUUUUGUUCCUUUCUGUCCUUUUUCGCUUGUCUUUUGGAGUGCGGGUUGGGGAAAGAUUGCUACAUUUGUGUAGAAUAUACGUGGUACAAUUUGUCUGUACGAGGCAAUUGAAUUAUAUCAAUUAGAUACAGGCACUCAAUUCAACUUUAUGAGGUAUCCAUUGCACCAGUUUUUAUGUACGGAUGUUCCUUUGUAGCAUUUGAUUUGCUUUCCUGUCGUCAUGUUAUUUCAGGGAGCUACCAUCGCAGAUCAGAGUGUAUGUAUAUCACGCUGGGGAGCAUAUAUAGAUGAAUCUGAUCCUUGGAAUGACCAUUCAUGGAAGGUGGGCGAUGCGAGUAGCUCAACGGUCUCUCACGUGAAUCAGUUUAUUUCCUCUCCUGGGGAAGCUGUAACCAUGACACAGCAAGUAGUGAAAACCAUGAUAGCUAAAGGAUAUGUUUUAAGCAAAGAUGCAUUAUCCAAAGCCAAAGCUUUUGACGAGUCGCAUCAAGUCUCAUCCGCUGCAGUGGCCAAGGUGGCAGAGCUUAGCAAGAGAAUUGGGCUCACUGAUAAAAUCAAUGCGGGCAUGAAGACUGUUAAAUCUGUGGAUGAGAAGUACCAUGUGUCAGAGGUCACCAUGUCAGUUGCGUCGUUUACAGGGAGAACAGCUGUGGCAGCUACAAAUGCUGUAGUCAACAGCAGUUACUUUGCAAAGGGAGCACUCUGGGUUUCAGAUGUCCUCAAUCGUGCAGCCGUGGCUGCAGCUGAUUUGGGUACCCAAGGGCUUAAAAAGUGACACAUUUAGUGGCCAGGUUUGGUUUCAUGAUAAAGAUUUACUACUAUUUGUUUUGUUACAAUCGUUUAGGCUUAUAAGUAAAAAGGACUUACCAUUGUAUAGCAUAUUAGUUUUUGUGUUUGAUAAUGCGUUGUAGGUUGUUCGAACUUUGAUUUAUUUUUGGAAUGGUUUAGAUGGCCGUUGAUAUAUCUUAGAUGACCUUUGUGGAUUCAUUUGCAGCAGUAAUAAAGCUAUACCUCU